AUGGCCGCUGUUGCAGCUCAAAUCUCCAAGAAGAGAAAGUUUGUCGCCGAUGGUGUCUUCUACGCCGAAUUGAACGAAUUCUUUACUCGUGAACUCGCUGAAGACGGUUACGCUGGUGUCGAAGUCCGCGUUACCCCUGCUCGUACUGAAAUCAUCAUCCGUGCCACACACACUCAAAACGUUCUUGGUGAAAAGGGUCGUCGUAUUCGUGAAUUGACCACUCUUGUUCAAAAGCGUUUCAAGUUCCCCGAAAACGCUGUCGAACUCUACGCUGAACGUGUUCAAAACCGUGGUCUCUGUGCCAUUGCCCAAUGUGAAUCUGUCAAGUUCAAGCUUCUCAACGGUUUGGCUGUCCGUCGUGCCUGUUAUGGUGUCAUUCGUUUCGUUAUGGAAUCUGGUGCCAAGGGUUGUGAAGUCGUUGUCUCUGGUAAGGUCCGUGCUGCCCGUGCCAAGGCUAUGAAGUUCGCUGAUGGUUUCAUGAUUCACUCUGGUAACCCUGCCCGUGAAUUCAUCACCACCGCCGUUCGUCACGUUGACUUGCGUCAAGGUGUCUUGGGUAUCAAGGUCAAGAUCAUGUUGGACAGCGAUCCUACUGGUCGUAACGGUCCUAAGCAGACUCUUCCUGAUAUCGUCACUAUCCUCGAACCCAAGGAUGAAACUCCUAUUGUCGAACCCUCUGCUCAAGACUUCAGACCCGCCCCUGCUGCUGAACCUGUUGAAGCUCACUAA